AUGACGGAGAAAAAAUUUGUUGGUGGUCAUCAAUUUCAAUUUAAGUACAUAUUGAAUAAGGUUUUAAUACUAAAACAUUUUUAUUUCCAGGAUUUUACUAUUAAUAGUAAAGCAGUUGAAUUGGUGUUCAAUUUAUGUGAAAAAUUACAGCAGCCUUUGGAAGUAAAAUAUUUGACUUUGGAGAUUUUCGAUCGAUUUCUUAUAAAGCACGUCGAGGAUUUAUACGCUGAAGUAGAGGAACGUAAUAAGCAAAAGAAACAAUCUUUGAAAUGGCACGAAGUGGAAAGUAGAAUACAGAAUCAAUUAAUCUUAAGAAUAUUGUCUUGUAUGCAAUUGGCGAGUAAAUUUAAUUCUCAUUAUCAGUCACUCAGUCCUGAUAAAAUAAAGGAAACGUUGCAAGAAUUUGGUUACAUUUACAGCUUCCAAAGUCUUCUUAAUUCAGAAUUGAGAAUUUUAAAAACACUAGAUUACAGGUUAAAUUACCUUUCUCCACUCGUAUAUAUGGAAUCGUUAUUGGAAAUACUUGCGUAUAAUAAUCCUUCCAUCAAUGUAGAAAAUUUAUAUAUAACUGGUAUUUAUUUGAUUGAUUUUACAUAUAUCUGCCGUCAUGUUAUUUAUCAGCGUUUAUAUAUUUUGGCAACUGGAGAAACUGAAAUUGUAACUACGCCAACUAAACGGGACGAAUUCAGAACUGUUAAAAACGAUUAUUUAUUAUUAACAACAGCUUUAAUUGCAGCUUCAAGUUAUUUUAAUGAUCCUCGAAUGUAUGAACAGAUAAUGAAUCAACUGAAUUUAAUAACAUGGGUUCCAGUUGAAGAUAUUCGCGAUUUCAGUUUUAUUCUAAUUUCGACGAUACUCGGAGAUAACAAUAUUAUUAGAUGAGAUUUUAUUGAUGAGAAAUAAUUAUAUUGUUUAAAUUGCUUUCAAAAUAAAGAAUAAUAUAUUGAUAAUAUGUUUUAUAAUUUUUAUGCAAUAUAUUUGAUAUAACUUUUUAUUUGUCUAGAAUAAUUUCAUCUUCUUUCUUCUAGAUAAUCAAAUAUAAAUUAAUUUAGAAGAAAAGAUUAGAUGAAUAAGUAUACUGAAAGUAGCUUGUAAAUAUAUAUUUAUAUACAUUAGAAAAACAUCAUAACAAUUACGACGGAUGCAUUUUCGCAUUACAAGUAAGAUAACUCAUCAUUUAAAUUGACAAGCUGUACACAAGAUUUACAAAAUUGACUCCAUAAAACAAAAAUAAA